ACAACCCAACCCAACCGAUAUAGAAAUACAAUACAAACGCCAAAAUUCCACGCAAAACUCAACCAAUCCAACGCGGUUUUUCCUCAAAAACAUAAACCCGAUAUGCGGGCUCUUCCAAGCCGGCGACCUUGGUGACUCAUCCAUUUCUGACCCAUCUGUUUAAUCUCCUUUUUUUUUUUUUUUUUCCUUUUUCUUUUUUGUUGUUGAGUUUUAGGGAAAAAGAGGGAAAAAAAGAAGGGGAAAGAAAGAAGAAUUUAGAAAGAGAGAAAGAUGGGAUGUUGUGAAAGUAAAGGCGCGGAUUCCAAAGCUAACAGGAUUGCCCGGUGGCGAUCAACUGGCAUUGUUGCUUUACGCGACGCCAAAUUGAAGACAUUUCCUGAUGAAGUUCUUGAUCUGGAUAGAUCUGUUCGAACUCUUGAUUUAACACACAAUAAAUUAGUUGAAAUUCCAAUGGAAAUCAGCAAACUAGUCAACAUGCAUCGUCUGAUCUUAAGCACCAAUCUUAUUGAGCGACUACCAAUUAAUCUGGGGAAGCUUCAGUCUCUGAAAGUUAUGAUACUUGAUGGGAACCAAAUUACUUCUUUGCCUGAUGAAGUGGGCCAGCUGGUAAGACUUGAGCGGUUGUCGAUCUAUGGAAAUAUGUUAACAUCCUUGCCUGAGACUAUUGGCAGCUUGCGUAAUUUGUCCCUUCUUAAUGUGUCUAAUAACAAGUUAAAGUAUCUUCCUGAAUCAGUUGGGAGCUGCUUUUCUUUGGAAGAACUGCAAGCAAAUGAUAAUCUUAUUGAAGAACUUCCCGCAUCUGUUUGCAAUCUCAUUCACCUAAAGUCACUUUGCUUAAACAAUAACAACGUCAGCGAGAUACCUUCUAAUUUAUUGAAAGACUGCAAAACUCUCCAGAAUAUCUCACUGCAUGGCAAUCCUAUUUCUAUGGAUCAGUUUCAGCAAAUGGAUGGAUUCCAAGAAUUUGAAGCAAGGAGGAAGAAGAAGUUUGACAAGCAAAUUGACUCUAAUGUGAUGAUCAGUUCCAAAGGCCUUGAUGAGGGUGUUGAUCUAUAACCCUGUGGCAUUCACAAUUCUGAAUGGAGAAGGUUUUGAUGGGUUGAGACCAACCAGGAAUAGGUGUCAUAUCCUGACGGCCUCAUACCUCAAAUAGCUUGGGUUGCAGUUUGGGAUGGAUGAUGUUGGUAUUUAUGAGUCCUCUUUAACAAGACAAACAAGGUGUAUACUUAGAGAAUUGGGUUGGUUUCUGUGUAAAUGAUAGCUCUUUUUGUAGUUUUAUAUGCUCGAAAUUUGCAGAGUUGUAUAUGAAACAACUGCUUGCUUCUCUUGUUAAAGAAUGAUUCCUUGAAUUGUUUUUCUUUGUGAAUUACAACUUGCAGCAUUUUCAUCUUGGAUUCUUA